AUGGCGAAAGACCACUCUCUAACUACAUCCAGCGACGUUAUCAUCCUCAAUAGCAUGGAGAUGGAUGACGAGGACGACUCUCUUGGAGAUAACGCCUUGGUGCUGACACGCGAUCAACUCCAGCAAGUUGAGGAUUUUCGUAACCGGCUGCUUAACAAAACCGACGAUGCCGAGAAGCUCGAGCUAUGUGCGGAAAAGCGCAAUGAACUACUCCGCCAUAAUACUGAACUGCAAAUUCUGGUCGCCACUUAUGACGAUGUCAUGUCGGCUGCUUGUCACGGAUACGAAAACAAAAAGCGAGAGACGGCCAGCAAGGGGACGUUACGACCGACUGGUCGCCACAAGAAGCUCGACAAUAACCUCGAGCGCGACGAAUGGGAGUGCUACUUUGGUAUCGCUACCUCGGCGGCCCAGGUCAAGUCCAAGUGCCUCGCCGCCCUGAAGGCCGUGGCCAAGCGCUGGGGCCGCGAAGUCACCCUGCACUAUGAAUGGGAGUCUAGGGGUGAGAAGUUUUACAAUCUGCUUCGUGCUAGUGCAUUGAAGCUCCCGGAGUGGAAUGAUACUGCCCGGGCAUUGACUAUCAUCAUGUGUCAACGACAUAACAACAUCAAGCGUGCCUGCAUCGUCCAGUCCCGAGACCCUAUUAUGCAGGCCGAUCUCCGGGAACUGGGGGGUAUGCUCGGAAACACAAGACCGCCUAACACCGACAGGAGUCGCGGCCUAGUCGACGCCUUAUUCCUUACUGGUGUUGAAGCCGCUAGUUUUGUUGAGUACGCAUCUCUAAGCGUUCCCAUCAUCGCCGAAGGCCAACAGCAGUUCCAAUGGAACACGAACGACCGACCCAUCGCCCAGCUUUUCAAGCGCAUGACCCACUUCAAUAGGACUGUAUCCGUACAAAUACCAUCCCGCAGCCCAAAGGAAGAUUCAUUUGAGAACCGAGCAAGGAACGGUACUACUGGCACGCGGUAA